UGCUGCACGAGAUUGUUCUUGUCCUGGUAAAGCUCGUGGCAGACAUCGCCUCUGCAACCCUCUUCGCAACUCUACCAGCCAAACGACUAUCUGUACGUGAGACAAGAAGGCUGCAGUACCAACUACAACAUGGUCGAUGAACUGGCACCGCCCCGCAAGAGCGUUGAGCUCGAGGACCCGGGGGCGAAGGAACUGGAGGAAGCAUCCAGCGACGAGCACUUCUCCGAUGCCUCAGAAGGCCAUGCCAGCAGGAACGAAGCGACCUCUCCCAUCCCCAUCACCAGGGUGGAGCGCGUAGAUGAUGCACCAGCCCACGGCGAGGUGCCCGGAACAGAUGCAUACAAGAAGCGAACUCAGGACGCCGUGCCCGAUGAGGUCGAAAUCGUACCAGAGGGCUCGCGGAGCCGCAGCACUUCUCGCGUCAGCGUCAGUGACAGGCCGCUCACGCCGGGAGGAACUGCCGUCCCAAAGACUAUCGUCGAGAAGAUUGACCCUGAUCAGCCCAGCUAUGGUGACGUCCCCGGCACACAUGCCCAUCAGCUGCGUCUUGCAGAUGCUGCGCCCGACAUCAUCGUCAAGGCACCGGAGCCACCGCGCAAGUCCCAAGGUACGUAGGGCAUUUCCUUGGUGCCUCCCUGCGUACCAUUGACGGAUGAAGGGUCGCCAACUGCCUCGAAUAGGUCUCCCGUAAAGUCCGACGAGCCCAUGUCUGACCCUGACGACUCCCUGGAACAACAAGACGAUGCUGCAAACGAUUUCGCGGACGAUGAUGAUGGCUUUGGUGAAUUUGAUGAGUUUGAGGAGGGCGAGGAAGGCCGACGAUGAUUUCGGGGACUUUGAUGAUGGGUUUCAACAAGGCGAGGAUCAAGCAGAGACUUCCUUUGAUAAGCCCCCAGAUCAACCUCCUGUAUCUACGCCCUCUUUAGGUCCUGUAAGUCAAAUCAAUACAGCCCAAGCCCAC